AUGCGCGUCCUCACCAGGGCGAGUGCUCCCGCGCUACGGUUUCUCGCUCUAGGCGCUGCCGUGUCGGCCACCUUGGCAUCCGUUCGGGCGCACCAAACACCCUUCGCAGCGGACGACAGCAUCACGGCCACCACAUCCUCGGCGCACGACUUUGUCCCUCCACCAUGCUAUCCUUUCUGCGAUGCAACAGUCGACUCGGUGUCAAAAGUCGAGGGGGCACGGUACAGAAACCGCCUGGACACCCUGCAAUGGGUCGAUCCGCGCAUCGGCACCAACGGUCCCGACCCGUCAGAAUACGGCGGCAUGGUGCCCUCGGUCGCACUGCCCUUUGCCGGCGUUCGAACCGUGCCUAUGACGCGCGAGAAUCUCGUCUCGGGCUGCGCGUACCACGACAACGACACGGCCAACAUCGGCUUCCUCGCCAGCCGACAACCCGCCAUCUGGAUGGGCGAUUACGGCUUCGCCACCCUCUUCGCCGGCAAUGGCGAGGUCAAACUCGGCAAGCACGAACGCGGCCAUUCGUACAAACGGUCGCAGGAAUUCGUGUCGCCGUUCAAGUAUGCCGUUACCAUGUCCAAUUCGUCGCUGGCGGAGAAUGGCAUCUUUGCAGAGAUGUCAGGCAAGAGUCGGGCCGCCAUGGUGCAGUACACCUACCCUGCAGCACUAAACAGCGGCCCUGCAGGAACUCACACCGACCAUGACAGCAUCUCGGCAACUCUCAGCGUCAACGACUCGGAGUGGGGUCCCUACAUCGGCAUCCAAGCCUCGCGCGAGCAGUGGCGCGGGGCUGUUCGGAUCGACGUGCACAAAGGCGAGGUGUCGGGCUACAACACCGAGAGGAUGGACUACCGCCUCGGCCCACACGAAGCACCGGACUUCCGCGGCUACUUUGUGUAUCGCUUCGAACACCAACGCAGCGGCGCUUCGUCCGACGAAUGGAUCCGCGGCUUUCCAGCUGACGGUGCAGGGACCGCGCACUCCAACUCUACGGGCAUCACUCUGCAUCCUGGCGAGCGAGCGCGCUGGCACGAGCUCGGCGUCUACGCCUAUGUUCGCUUCCCCACCGACACCACCAAGAUCCGCGUGCGCGUCGGCCUCAGCCUCAUCUCCGAGGAGCAGGCUCGAUACAACCUGGACGUCGAGAUGCCGGACGCCACGGCGCUCGAAGACGUCGUGGACGAGCUCAUCGACGCGUGGAAGAGCAAGACAGACCGCAUCAAGGUGCAGGGCGGUACAGAGGAGCAGAAGCGCAUUCUCUACACGGGCAUCUUUCAUGCGUCCCAGUACCCCGCAGAACACGCAGAACCCAUCCCUGACACGCACAAGCCGACGAACCGUAGCGAAGCGACUCCGCUGCUUCGGUUCGGGCACGAGCACGAGCACAGCUACCACUACUAUUCUGGCUAUACAGACAGCGUGCACCGUGUCGAUGCUGGCGCGCAGCGCUACCAGUCGUGGUCCAUCUGGGACAUCUACCGUGCGCAGUGGAAUCUGCUCAUCCUGUUCGAGCCCGAGCGCGUCGUCGACUUGGUGCGGUCGCUGCUCGACAUCUACCGCCAGUCGGGCUUCCUGCCAAUGUGGUCGACGCUUGCAGAGACCAACAUUAUGAUCGCCACACAUGCAGACUCGCUGCUCGCAGAAGCCGUGGUCAAGGGCGUACGUGGCUUCGACCUGGACGAAGCGUGGCAGGCGGUCUACAAGGACGCCACCGUACCUCCCGAGCGAGAAGACGAACUGCGCUACGAAGACCGCGAGGAGUAUACGCCGCUCGAGGUACGCGCUGGGUUGAGCUUUUACAAUCACUCGGGUUACGUGCCUUUGGAUGGAUGGUCCGAGUCGACGAGUCGUACGCUCGAUUACGCUUACGACGACCAUGCCAUCGCAGUCCUCGCCGAAGUACUCGGAAAGCAAUCCGAUGCGAGCUUCUUUCACAAUCGCAGCCGCAACUACCGCCAUGUCUUUGACCACGAACAGGGGCUCAUGGCAGCGCGUCUGAAGAACGGCACGUUCCUCGUGCAGCCGCUGCCGGAUCCGCGCGGUCGGCAGGACGGCUUUACCGAGGGUAACAGCUUCGACUACUCGUUCGACGUCGUCCAGGACGUGCCAGGGCUUGCGGAGCUCGUUGGUGGUCGCACCAAGCUGACUGCGUUGCUGGACCGGCACUUUGGCGAGGGCCACAACGAUCAAUCCAACGAGCCUUCGCAUCACAUUCCUUACCUCUACUCGCUGCUGGGCGAGGCGCAUAAAACGCAGCGGCUCGUGCGCGAAAUCUCGCACGAGGCAUUUAGCGAUCAGCCGGAUGGGUAUGCGGGCAACGAAGACUGCGGUCAGCAGAGCGCGUGGUACAUCUGGAGCGCCAUGGGCCUCUACCCCGUCAAUCCUGUGUCGGGAGAGUACGUCGUGUCUUCACCGUUCUUCGAGCACAUGGAGAUCGACAUUCCGCCUCGCGUGGCGAAUGAUGCAGGAAACGGCACCAAGCUGCGCAUCCAUGCGGUGGGAUCCGACGAUGACCACGUCUACGUUGCCAACCUCACCGUCAACGGCCGCGCAGUCGCAAAGCCCAAGCUCAACUGGGACGAUAUCCUCGCUGGUGGAGAAUGGACCUUCGGCCUGCAAAGCUCGCCGCAGGAAUGGGGCAAUGAUCCGGAGUCGCCGCCAUUGCGUGCAUGA